GAACAGAAGAAUUCUGCUGAUGAUGAUUCUGCAUUGUGAUGUGUUCCUGUGUCAGAUUUUGCUGACUCAUAUAGGAGAAAGCAUGAUGCACAGACACAGAGCACAGUAACUGUUUUCCCCACCAACCUCGAAUCAUUCUGUAGUUCAGGCAGUAAAUGGCUGAAAAGGUAGGUUUGAUGUCCGGAGAUGAAGAGGAGAUGCAAAAUAAUGAUGAAAAAUAUCCAUUUCAAGCUUGUUACACCCUCACCACAGCAGACUGCUGCUCUGCAAAUGAUUUGCUUAGCAGCCCUAAUGAAGAGAGGGAAAGAUUGUCUAUUUCAUCUAGCAAGGCCACAGAGUGUAAAAAAACUCUCAUUGAACAACAAUUUAUUACUCAUAAUAAGGCACAAAACAUAGCCCCUGGGUUCACUGAAUAUCAUUCAACAGAUGCAAAUAUAUCACUAGCUGGAUCAUCUUAUCCUGAGGCAAUCUGUACACUGAAGCCUGUAGCCAUAUCUUCUCCAUGCCCAGAAAGCCUUCACUGUAACUGCAAUAAGUAUUCUGAAGAGUUACAGCCUGCAGGUGCUGCUAAAGAGUCCGAGGCCCCCCCAAAUAUCGCUUCCCUGCUAGUAAGUGGACUCAGCUGCUGUCACACAUGGAGUUCCAGUACUGCGCUCACUUGGAAUAACACAAAGGAAGAUAUGGCCCCUUGUAGCAUUGGCCAAACUACGUGGAUGAAGACCAUGAAAGUAAAGGAGAUCAUAGAAAAGAGAAAACUGGAAGAAAAGGAGAGGUAUCAACUCCAGGUAGCUAUGUAUCGGCGACUUCUGUUGCUGCGUUCAAUUAGGAGUUUACAUAAGCAGCUCGAGCAGCAGCAGGCCAGGUUGCAAGAUUGCUAUGGAACACUAAUAAAUACAAAGAAAGAAGUGUUGAAACACAUUUGUUCCACCUCGGCCUCACCCUCCCCAUAGUCAUGUUGCUGCAUGUAGAGAAGAGCUUUGUUAUAUCACUGGAGCUUACAGCAAGCUAGCAUAUGGCAUAGAUGACACCAUUAUUAAUAAAGGGGAAAUGUACCACUGUACUAAUGGCAAACGAAACAUUUGGAUAUUUAAAUGUUACUCCUACAAAUGUAUUUGGAAGAAACUUGAAUAGUACUUUUCUCUAUAAAAAUCCAGAAAAUCUAUCCCUGCACAUGCAAGCCCCAAAACAUAAGACCUCCAGCCCAAAAAUUCAAGGGAUCUUUGGGACAAAGGUAUUCAAGAAGAGAAAAUGGAGAAUCCAAUUUUAUGCCUGGCCAGCAUGAUCAGAUGUCAUGUAUCCUUCCUGCAGAAAAUGUGAUGCAGAAAAUCUGCCAAUUAUAUUGCUAACACUUGAAUAGAAAUCUUGUUAGUUUAGCCUCAGAAUAUCCACCUUCUUGAAAGCUAGGACAUUUACAUAAAAAGUCAUCAUAAUCUGGCAUUAUAUAUGCAGCCCAGACUGGCAGUGCCAGGGGAACAUUAGAAGUAUAUACAAUGACUGAUGUGUUGCUAGGUUCUGGUGUCAUGAGUAGCCACAAGUGCAGCAUAUUUUGUGCCUUAACUCUAUCAUUAAAAGGGAGGUCAAAAAAGAACUAGAUAAUUUCAUGGAGUAUAGGUCCAUCAUUGACUAUUAGCCAAGAUGGGCAAGGAUGGUGUCCCUAGCCUCUGUUACCAGCAUUGGCAUUGACCGCUGUCAGAAGACACCAAUACUGGGCUAGAUGGACCUUUGGUCUGACCCAGUAUGGUCGUUCUUAUAAGGUUGUGACAGUUAGGUCCAUCAGACAUAUAGGAAAGCCUAGGGCAACAUUCCUCACACUGUGAGGCAGGGAUCCCUGUGGGGAAUGUGAUGACCUUAAGGGAGCUACAAACAAGCUCAGGGACAAUGAAAGAAAAACAUAAAUGUGUAUGUUUUGAAAUAAGCAAAAUGAGCCCCCAUUAUUGAGUAUUCAUUACUAAACUGAGUAACUGGGACCGGCUUUUGUUGAGUCUGAAGCAGAAAUUAUCAAAAAGAAAUACCAGAAAUUAACAUGUUGCCUUGUCCAGUGUUUAAAAUAACCUUCCAAAAGGCAUAAUUUCUUCCAGAAAUAUUGGCUCCUGAUCAUGCUACCUUCUUUCAUCUCUAACCAUUCCCUUUUAUAAAUGUUAAGUUUUGAGAACACGGAACUGUUUUUUUAUUAUUACUGCUACUAGUAGUAUUUAGCAUGAAGGGGAGAGAUAAUUGCCAGUAAAGCAUAUUAUUAUCCAGGUACACUAUGUUUACACAGAGGCUGGGAAACUCCACAAGGUUUUCUGACACAGUUACUUAUAAAGGGGGUCAAGAUUGUCUUCCAAC